GAUAUAACGAGAAAACGAAAAACUAGAAAGCAAACGUUUUUUUUUUACGUCUGCUUUUUUUUUGACCUCUGAAAACAAAUGUUAAUGUCCCUAUCGUGGCUUUUAAUAUAAAAAGCCCGCUCUGGUCCGUUCUUGUUCGAGCAACGACCAUCUCCUCCAAUCUUCUCCAAUGGCAACAGAAACCGUAGCGGACACAACCGUGCAAAACCAUGACGAGACCGAGUCAACAGAGUUCGAGAAGAAUCGGAAACGGUACCAAGACUUGAUCUCCACGUUGCCUCACGUGGAAGGAUGGAGGCCGAAAUCUCCCCUAAUUUCAUACGCUGGUCAUUGGUGGAUACAGCCUUUCCUUGAAGGUUCCCUUUACGCGCAAGAGUUCUUCCAAGCGCGACCCAAUGACUUCCUCGUGUGUAGCUACCCAAAAACAGGUUCUACUUGGCUCAAAUCACUAACAUUCGCAAUAGCCAAUCGGUCUCGCUUCAGCGACUCCACGAACCCUCUCAUCACACAUAACCCUCACGAGCUUAUUCCUUUCAUUGAGAUCGAGUUCCCUUUGUUCCCUCACAUUGAUGUUCUCCAAGACCAAGGGAACACUCUGUUCUCAACUCAUAUGCCGCACGAUUUCUUACCCGACUCGGUUGUGAAAUCGGGUUGUAAGAUGGUUUACAUCUGGAGAGACCCAAAAGACACUUUCAUCUCCUUUUGGAGUUUCAUCCAAAAGCAAAGGUCAACUCGUGGUGGCCCGCUCAAUAGUCUUGAAGAGUGUUUUGAUAUGUUCUGUCAAGGUAUUUCUGGAGAAGGUCCUUAUCUUGAUCACGUCUUAGGUUAUUGGAAAGCUCACCAAGAGAAUCCUGAAAAGAUUUUGUUCCUUAAGUACGAGACUGUGAGGGCUGAUCCUUUGCCUUAUGUGAAGAGAUUGGCUGAGUUCAUGGGUUAUGGAUUCACAGCGGAGGAAGAGAAGAAUCGGGUUGUCGAGAAAGUUGUAAAUCUCUGCAGCUUCGACACAAUGAAGAAUCUUGAAGCUAACAAAAGAAAUAAGGAGAGAGAAGAUCAUCCUUCUCCAUAUACAAACGACAUGUAUUUCAGGAAAGGAAAGACCGGAGAUUGGGAAAAUUAUCUGACUGCAGACAUGGCAGCUCGUAUGGAUGGGAUAAUGGAAGAGAAAUUCAAGGGUACUGGUUUGCUUGAAAAUGGUAAAUGAUCUACUUCUUGUUCCGGGGGGGACUGAUCCUUUGUGUGCUUGUUUUAAGCAUAAAUUUUCUCAUUACGUUUAUUUUGAUCCUAUAUGUGCUACGUUACAUAUUGGAUGACUAAAAUUUGUUUCUGUUUCAUUUCUAUGUAUUAUUAAUGUGCAAGAAUCUACUGGCUUUAUUGA